AUGGAGCCACUGCUGUCGUACGGUGCGACGCUGGCUCGAGGACUCAGGGGCGACCACGGGGUCGUGGGACUGUACGGCGCCGUGCAGCGACUGUUCAUCACGUUUGGUCUCACUGCCGGACCAGCGAGUUUCAUCAUUGGUGAGUUGAAAUGGUUUGUAGCAGUCGGGUUUGGCCGUGGACACGCCGUGGUGCUCCACAUUGUCGAUACGUGCCUGACCCGUCUCUCAUCCAUCCUGUGUGCGACAGAUGCGCCUUUCGGAAGGUGGUCGGACCAUUCAUUCCUGAGCGUCAACGGCAACUUUGGAUGGCUGCUCAUGGAACUCGUGUCGCCACUCUCGUUUAUGGUCGCCAUGACCAUCUCCCCGUCAUCGUCCAUCUCCCAGAUCCCCAAAAGCCUUACCUGGGACUUGCCCUUUAGCAUCCUCAACGCGUUCACAUCCCUUCCAAGAGCUCGAGCACUUCUUUCUUUCAUGUUCUUGGUACACUAUCUCAAUCGAGCCGUCAUCUCGACCGUGCGCAAUCCAGGACGAGCGCGGAUGAACAUCGCCGUCCCUCUCUCGGCCAUGCUCUUCAAUCUCGCUAAUGGAGGGACAAUGGGAUUCUGGAUCUCUGGAGGUGAAGCGACCAAUGGGACGAACACAACACAUGCAUGGGGUCUGCGAAACGACUCGUGGGCUUUGCUUGUAUUCGCGAUCGGCGUAAACCUCUGGUUGUUUGGCUUUGUGGGCAACGUCGUGUGCGACGAGAUGUUGUACGACCUCAAGAGGAAGAAGGUCAAGAGCAGUGGGAGAACACUAGAACAGAGGAAGAAGAUGUCACCCCGCGAGCGUUACUCGAUCCCGAAAGGGUUCUUGUACGAUUACAUUUCGCACCCGAGUUAUUUUACCGAAUGGAUCGAGUGGAUCGGUACGUAGUAGCUACCGCGCCUUCUCCUAGGCCGCGAGGUCACAACACGACAUCUGGCUGAUGUUGAGCCUACCAUUCACCAAAAUCGGAUUGCACUGUGAACAAUUUUAGGCUUCGCUAUCGCUUCAUUGUGCCUUGCCCCUUCUCCGUUCCCGGGCCUCGCACUCGCCUCGAUCGAUUCACCGACGCUCAAGACCACGCUCUCAUCCUUGCUCGGUCGUUCGGCUUCGCCAUAUGCACUUUUACGAGGUGUUCCUCCUGCAUUGAGACCCUUCUCCCAGUGGUAUUUGCAACCUCCGAUGAUCUUCGUCAUGCAAGAAAUCUUGGUCAUGCUCCCCAGAGCGGUGAGUGCUUUCUGUCGGGAUCGGGUGUACGAAAAUUCACUCCAACUGAUGGCGAAAUUCUCAGGUGUCUGGUCAUAAAUGGUACCAAGCAACUUUUGGAGAAGAGUGGCCCAAACACAGGAAGAUCGUGAUCCCCGGAGUGUUCUGA